AUGGCAUACUCAAAUUACGGGAAGAAUUUCUUUGAAGGGCCAUUAGAUGAAGAAAAUGUGAUUCUUACACUGUAUCCAGUUAAUGAGGAAAUUAUUGAAGACCAUCAAGUGGAACCAGGUGUUUCCUCAACUUCAGAAGGCAAAGAGGAGGCACUGAAUACAAAUGAUCAAGUUCCUGUUCCUCAAACAAAUGAGCUUGAGGAAGAUUGUCCAAGCUCUAGCUUUAGAAGAUCAGUGUGUCCCUUGCCGGCCACGUUGCCUCCGAUUAACAAUGUGAGUCGAGACACUUUGCGGUACUGGUGCCAACAACUUAAGCUGAGUACCGACGGCCAGAAAAUAGAAGUUUAUCGGAGACUCCAGGAACAUGCUUAUCCUGAAAAAGAUCAGUAUAUUCCUAAAUCAUCACGGGAGGCCCGAAUGCACUCAUGUUCAAGGAAACACAGCAUGGUGACCAAGAGGGGAAGUGUCCAGAAAAGGAACAUGAGUGAGAGUGAGGAAAGGACUAAAACGGUUGAGGUGGUAACUUCAGCUCAGGUAGCCAUGCUGGCAGCAUGGUCAAGAAUUGCUGCAAGGGCUGUUCAACCAAAGGCUGUGAAUUCACGUGCCCUUCGUACCUCUGAAUCCUUUCUGCCACAAGCCUCAGGUGUCCGGUGGUGUGUGGUCCAUGGUAGACCGCUCUUGGCAGACACAGAAGGUUGGGUUCGCCUGCAGUUCCAAGCAGGUCAGACCUGGGUGCCUGACACCCCCAGGAGGAUGACUUCCCUCUUCAUGUUACCUGCCUGCACUUUUGCACCCCCAGACAUGGAAGAUAACCUGUUAUGCCCUGAAUGUGCUAAGAGGAAUAAGAAGAUUAUGAAAAGAUUAAUCACAGUGGGGAGGAGGAAGAAACCUGGUUUGGAUACAUCAACAUCAUUGCUUUCAAAUGGGCCACGUCUUAAAACAGACUAA